ACCGGGAGCCAACAUUCGGUACUCUCUCAGUCGCUCCGACUCGGGAACCAAUCGUCCAGAGUACCAGUCAGCGGAGAUAGCAGGCAGUAUUUCACCCUCUCAGGCUAACUCGCUUUCGGCUUUGGUUUGAAAUGGACACCCCUACAACCGCUCGGAGCAGACAAUGCUCAUUCAUGCGCACCUGCAAAAGCGGCCUCUCCCUGUGGCUGGUGGUGUGGCUGGUCCUCGGCAAGCCCGGUCCUUCGGCAGCGUGCCCGCAUCUGUGCGUGUGCUACCCGACUCCCAUGACCGUGAGCUGCCAGGCGCAGAACUUCACCUCCGUGCCCGUUGGUGUGCCCUAUGACUCGCAGCGCGUGUUCCUACAGAACAACCGAAUUACGGAGCUCAGAGUCGGCUCUUUCGGCUUCGGGACUCAGGUCCUAUGGCUGUUCUCCAACAACAUCACGUGGAUUGAGGCUGGCUCCUUCAGUGAGCUGAGGGAUCUAGAGGAGCUGGACCUGGGGGACAACUCUCACCUGCGCAGGCUGGAAGGAGGGGCCUUCAGGGGCCUGGAGAAACUCCAGAGUCUCCACAUGCACCGCUGCAAGCUUACCGCCCUGCCCCACGACCUGUUCCACAAGCUGUACAGCCUGCAGUUCCUCUACCUGCAGGAGAACCAGCUCCACUUCCUCCAGGAUGACCUCUUCUCUGACCUCAUCAACCUGAGCCAGCUCUUCUUGCAUGGAAACCGUAUCCGUACUCUGUCGGAGAACGUGUUCCGUGGCCUGGUCAACCUGGACCGCCUUCUUCUCCACGACAAUCGGGUGCGCCAGGUUAACCGCCGGGCGUUCCGCGACCUCGGACGUCUCACCAUGCUCUUCCUGUUCAACAACUCAUUGGCUGAGCUCCCGGGCCAGGCUCUCCGUGACACCCAGGGCAUCGAGUUCCUCCGUCUCAAUGGGAACCCCUGGUCCUGUGGCUGCGAGGCCCUCCCCCUGUGGGAGUGGUUCCGUGGCGCCCGCGUCUCAUCGUCCGAGCUGUUGUGUUCCUCCCCGUCCCCCCGCCGCGGGAUGGACCUCCGCUUCCUCCGUGAGAUGGACUUUGCCCUCUGCCCUCUCCCCGACCCCGGCACCCUGGCCGGCUCCACCACGAGGACCUUCAGCACCAAGACAAGAUGGUGGUUCUCCAAGCACAAGCCCCAGUCCCAGACCAAGGCAGUGUUCGAGAAGAGCUCCGAGACCAUCAAGGCCUUCCCGUUCCCCCAAGGGAAGAACAACCCACCCAUCGUGACCUCCACCAAUGUCAAGUACGAGCUCGGCGAGGAAGAGGCAGCGCUACCCAAACUCGACGCUGAGGAGUACUGGGCGAACUAUGAGAACGAGGACGCCGGCACCACGCUGCGAUGCUUUGAGCUCGAGUGUCCGCCUGACUUCGAUGGCCUCCCUCCCAACUCCUCCUCCACCCCCACGUCAUCCCCCUCUCUCUCACUCCUCCUCGCCCUCUCGCUACUCGCCGUCUCCAUCAAUCUACACCUCAUAUUUGGCUGAAUCAGACUUUAAGUACCCACUUCCCGUUCCUGUCUUUGCCCCGGCCCCUCUCAGGGCAUGGGGAACCCCUUGUUAAAGACUCUGUACCUCCCUAGUUAACCCUCUGAUGUCCUACUGGAUAACCUCUAUCUCUGUCAGUACUACAGGACAGCAGGGGAUACAAAGGGGGGGGGGGGGGUUAGAUUGUUACUUCUAACUUAAUGCAGGGUUAAACAACAAUGGCUGACAGUACAUAGUACACUAUUGUACAUAGUACAAUAUAGUACAGUACAAUAGUCAACCAAGGCUGUUACUACAACAGGUGCAUCUCACCUGUCUGGUGUGUUGGUUGCCGUGACGACGCCUGCAAUCAGGGGUCAGUGGUCACCUGUAACGCUCUACAGCUAAUACCAGUGCUACUUACUGUUGCGACUGCUGUAACUGUUGUCACUUGGAGGAAUAUUACAACUACAAGUGCUACGACUAAUAUAUGCAUGUUACUACAACAACUACUAUUCCGAAUAUGUCUGCUACUACAAGUGCUAUGAUUACAGUUACGACAGUAACUAAAUUUCUACUGUUGUACGAACUCUGACAACUGUACUGUAAAUUGGUCGGUGUACUUGAUGGUGCAGAGCAGUUGGGAUAUCCUUCUUACAUGUUGUCUACCAUGAUGCCUACUUUAUAAUGGAUUGUUUACAGAAAAAUAGCUAAGGAGAGAGAGAAAGAAGGGAUGAAGGAAUGAAAGAGAGGCAGUCACCAGCGUGCGAGAAGGUGAGAGAGGAUAUGUAGAGAGAUAUGUAAAGGUAGAGAGACAGAAAGGCAGAGAGAGUGAUGAGUUAAAAAGUUACCAAUGGAAGAAGCUAGAGGACAGAGAAGGUGGAAGAGAAGAGAAGAAAGCGCAACAGGAAAGGACAGAGAGCGAGGGAGAGAGGGUUGUCGAGAUUCUCAUAUAAUAAAGAGAACGGAAGAGCAAGGACAGCGCAGGCAAUAUAAAUAAAGCAAAGGAAUGUGAGACACGGUGAAAUUAAGAAAGAAAGAAAGAGAGAGAGAAAAUGACAGUGCUGGCCCUUGACCAUGAGAUACUGAAUAGGAGAAACAAGCAAUCACUUCAGGUAUUCAAGUUCAGUCUUUGUAUAACUUCAUGUCCUGUAAAUAUGACAUCAUCACCAUAGAAGCCACAGGGGAAGGAUGCUUCCUGUCUGGCAGUGUCAGUCGCUGUUCUGAUUGGCUAUCGCUGUUUGUUUGUGAUGUCAUUGACGGAAUGCGUGACGUGACCAGUGAAUGACCAGUUUGAGAGAUAAAAAGACCUAUUGAGAUUCUGAAUAACGUUUGUGAGACUUUUCUUUGGGUGCAGCAGCUGUUGUGUUUCAAACUGAUUUUGCUUGAUCAAUAAUUGAUCUCUUUAAGUUCUUUGUUCUCUCUCUUGGAAUGCUCACUCACUUCUUUGGAAGGUGAAAGUAGUGCACUACUUUUGACACUGCACUACAUAGGGAGCCAUUUCAGACGGAGCCAAUGACUGCUAGUCAGUCCUUUAGCCAAACAACUUGAUGAUGAGUAAACAAACAAAUUAAAUGUUUUCAACCCAGCCCCCCAAUACCGUCUAUCAUACCCACCCCAAUAUCUCCAGUCUAAUACCCCCCCACAUCAACUAAGCAGAAUCAACUUAGUCCAACUAAGCAGAAAAAACUUAGUCCAACUCAGAAGAAUCAACUUAGUCCAACUCAGAAGAAUCAACUUAGUCCAACUCAGAAGAAUCAACUUAGUCCAACUAAGAAGAAUCAACUUAGUCCAACUAAGCAGAAUCAACUUAGUCCAACUUAGUCCAACUCAGAAGAAUCAACUUAGACCAACUCAGAAGAAUCAACUUAGUUCAACUCAGAAGAAUCAACUUAGUCCAACUCAGAAUAAUCAACCAGUGACUGAUCUGUAUAGAACCCAAGAAGAGAUCUAGAACUGGAACUGAAAGAGACAUAGAAUGGCACACGUGAUGACUGGACUGGACUGGACUCCAAACCAAUAAGACCGACUAGUACUGACCAGCCAUAUUAUUCCAAUAGGACUGUUCUGGACUACUGAGCUCAGAGAUCCUGGCACAGAAUGAAUGGAUGGAAAAGCCUGGCAGUUUCCCAGCAGGGAGAGACAAGGAGAGCUACAUUGUGGCUUUACUGAGAUUGAUCGACAGACGGACAGAACAGAGGGACCACAUUUUUACUCACAGAGAGACAUAAUUCCUUGACUUGCUGACAGACAGACUGACUGACCUACUCAUGCCUCAUGCCUUGGUGACCAGUGAUCGACGGAAGAUAGUUAAAAAGAGAGACUGGAAUCUGAUUGGCGGACAGCUGAAGCAACGUCAGAGAAAGGAGGAGGACCUCUGAGGAGGUGACCAAAAACAGACUUCCUCUCCUCUUCCUUUCUUCCUACUCAUUUUGUCUGAGUUUCUACAAGGCUUUGUAGAAGGGUGGGUAGGCGUGCUGACAAAUCAUCCCUCCCUCCUUCCUCCCCUCUCUCUCUGUCUCUCUCGCUUCCUUUCUCUAUCCUACCGGUCACCUGUUUCUGUAAAGCACUCACCCCUGAGUGCUCCAUCCCUCUGAAGAGGGAGAGAGAAAUUAAAGGAGGGAGCGGAAGGAAGAAGGAGAGAGAGAGAAAGAGGGGAGGAAGGAGGGAGGGAGGAGAGAGAGCGUUCCUUUUACAGAGAUGUUUUCAGUAGAGGUGAAGAGGGCAAGGACAGGCUGAGAUAGGGUAUGAGUAGGAGGAGAACAGACACACACACACACACACACACACACACACACACACACACACACACACACACACACACACACACACACACACACACACACACACACACACACCUACCUUAAGUUAUGAGUUUCUAGACGAAGUGGUUAGUCAGACAGACAGACAGACAGACAGACAGAGUCUUACAGCUCCAUGAAAUGUCCUUCUUCCAAUCUAUUUCUGUUACAGUGGUUACAUAGACUGUGCUUUAUGAAAUCACCUCACUUUUAAAGAAAAGCAGUUCCUAUGUUAUUCAGUUGGAGAUUUGGGUUACAUCCCAAAUGGCACCCUGUCCCCUAUGCAUGGGCCUCGGUCAAAUGUAGACCACUAAAUACAGAGUAAGGUGCCCUUUGGGACACAACCUUUCAAUACAUGUGAGUCAACCAUAGAAAUAGGAUUCUAUGGACUCAACAAUACGCUGUUCACUAAUAAGAGAGUCCAGGGAUUGGUUUGUGUUCUCUUCUGCUGUGGUAACACUGUGUCCGUCCAUAUAUGUCAGCCAUUAGGGUGAGGUCAAACUGGGCCUCGGUGCUCUUUUGUGGCCAUGACAGUCAGGUCACUUUCAGACGACCAAAGCCCCAGUCAUACCAUUUUACCCAAUGAUUGGACUAUAAAUGAAACCUGUCUGCUUGACCGAGUGAGAGAGUGUGAGAGAGAGUGUAUGUGUGCGAAAACAAUAUUUUGGUAUCUACUUGACUGUGUGAGGAGAUUGAGUUGUCUUCUGCUGUCAUCUGUCUCACUGUGGAAGGAAAGAGGCAACAUUAUAUAAAGAAUAAAUACUGAACUUUGUUUUGAAAAAAUGA